AUGUCCCUCUUGUCAGACCUAGUCCUAGAAUCAAAACUCGAGACGACAUUCCUUCCGAACUACACUCAACACACAUACUACAAGCGCGGGACUUCCGGCGAAAAGAGAAGAAUACAGGUGAGGGAGCGAUGGAAACGGCAGAAGCGGCUGGGCCAAGGGGCCUACGGCAGCGUCUGGUUGGAAACGUGCAGCCGGCCCGCGAAACAGGACGGACCGAAAGUCAGGGCGGUCAAGGAGAUCCCUAUUGAUUUGAGAACAAGAAGUGCUAUCGACUGCCACCGAGAACUGGAAGCUGUCAUGAAGUUUUCCCAAGCACGAGUAAGACAUUCUCCCACUUUCACCAACGGUACAAAGACCUGCCUCCAUUCGGUUCUAAUGUUUGCUCAAUUGCCGUUCCAGUAUGUAUCGUCGUUCGUACAUUCGUUUGGCUGGUUUGAGAGCCCGGAUACUACAUUCAUCGCCAUGGAAUACGUGGAAAACGGUGAUCUCCAGACCUACCUUAACGACCCCAUUCCCGAAGAAGAGGCUAAAAUGAUUGCCUACCAACUUGCCGAUGGGCUGAACCAUAUGCACCAAAACGGUUUUGCACACAGGGAUCUCAAACCAGGGAACAUUCUCGUCGUCUCAAAGGGCCCGCAAUGGCUGGUACAGAUAUCCGACUUUGGAAUCAGCAAACGCCUGCGACCGGAACAAGCCACUCUUGGGACCAUCAGAAUGGGCACUCUAGGAUUCAUUGCCCCUGAGAUGCUGGGCUUUAUCCCGGGGAGAGACUGUCCCUACGCUGUCGAUAUUUGGUCAUUAGGUGCCGUCAUAUUCCGCAUGUUGGCCAAUGAGCUGUUCCUGGCAGAUCUGGAUCUGAUUCGAAAUUACGCCGUCGGCUUGCAUCUCUUUCCUGUAGAAAGACUGGCGCCCUUCCAAGUCAAGGAUUCCAUGAAAGACCUCUUGAGGCAGCUAUUGGCUCCAAAUCCCAAAAAGCGCCCCUCCACCUCGGAAGUCAUGCACCACGAGUCCCUAAUGGACGUUGCAGGCAAAGGCGACAUAAGUGACAACAGCGAAUGGGGGGACUAUAGCAAUUUGAGCCAGACUGACUCCGAGGCCUGCUAUUCCAAGGGCGAGGAGACAGAUGGCCCGCCUUCAGCGACAUGGAGUACCGACAUAGGGUUAGGAGCUUUCACGGACACAACCAUCCGGCCAAACAAAACAACCCCACGAGAAGCAAAACCCUGUCUUCCAAUUGGGGGUUCGAAAGACACGGAUCGACCUCACAGCGAUAUACAAAGAACUCCUAGCACGCUACCCACUGUUCUUUCUAUUUCAACCCGACAUAUUGUAGAAGGGCCAGUGAUCGGACUCUUACCAGCUUCUGAUACGAGCCAGACUGAGAGUCCUAAACCCGAGGCAGUGAUAAGAUCAGUUCCUUACGUACUGGAAGAGGGAGAACCUAAAGCAUUGACAGUUCCUAGUUCAGGUGGCUUCGAGAUCGACCAGCGCAGAAUCCGGACGCUUCAUCGAUCUAUGACGAAAAACAAGGGAGCCAAUUCAACAGAGAAGACCAACACGACGUCAAGUGUCACACUGGACUCUGUUGACAACGAAAACCAUGAACUACGACCGGCUGAUCACCAUCGUUCUGCCGAGACGAAAAGGUCCGAACCUGUCCCAACCGCUUCUCAGAUCGUCAAUGAAGCAGAUGAAGGAAAUGUUGUUAAGGAAGUUGUUCCUACUCGACCUUCGAACACGAGCAUGCCGCACACCAACGACCCGUCCGGGGUAGUCCAAGGCACCCUAAGUAAUUUAUCCUCAACAAGCCACUCAAAGAAGGCUAUUGAGUUCAUGAGACAUAUAACUGGUAGCUUUGGCCCAGGACGAAUACCACCUCUACCACGAUCGACUUCGAUGGAUGCAGACCAGGCACCUGUUAAGACUCCCGCCAAAAGACAAACCUCAAAGAGACCCGAGCUUGACGUAUCCAAACCACCUACUGAGUCGCGAAACUUUUCUCGCGCACAGCCACGAAUAGAAACGAGAUAUCAAGAACAUUCAUCACACCACCGCACUGCAAGCAGAAGUCCUUCGCGACCGCACUCAGUUGAAGAUUCUUCUCCGAGGACAAAGAGUCCCGAUGUCGCUUCUGCCCUUCAUUCCGCUGGACCUAGUCAUGUACCAAAGACGGGGUCGCAUCACCGAAAGUCCUCGUCGUCGGACACGUCACGCACCGCGGCCGAGCCUUCAGACUCCUCCUAUUGUCUAGGCGAUCCGAAGACGUUCCAGGAACCGGAAACACCUUGCGAGUACGAGCAUACAACCUCGUGGGGGGCUCAGAAUUACCCCCUGGAAAACGUUGUGGCGUGGCUCACGUCAGUCUCAUCCGACACGGACUACGAUCCCGGUAGUUAUGAAGAGUUUCUGCGCCAGAACGGUCGCGGGCUUCAUCCCGCGCGGAUGUCGACCGACUUUCCUGUCAGGGGCAGGGAACGCUUCUAUCCGAGCCCGCACGAUGCCGAGAUGGUCCACCGCGUAAAGCACCUUGGGCCCAAGUUCAACCUCGUGACAAUCUGCAAGUGGUUCACAAACUGCGACGACUUUUACCGGAGAAUUCGUCAGGCGCCUAUCAAGUUACACUGCCUCAAUCUGCAGCAGCUCGUUACGACCCUAGUGUCCCUGCACGAUGCCAUGACCAGCCUGCAGCUUUACAAUGCCUUCCUGCCCACAAGCACUCUGGAAAUCGAUGCACAAGAAAAGCUCGCGAGUUUUAUAAAAAUAGGGCAGUCCUUAGUCUGCGAGUUCUGGACUUUUGUCGACACAGGUAGCAAAGUGCUUGCGAAAAAGAAGGUGAACAGAGAAGAAGACAUAUAUGAAACCGGGCGUGUCCUCCUUAUGGUGUUAUCCGAACAAAAGGAAAUGUUGCAUUUCCUUCGGAAGACUGAGGACUUCUGCGCCGCGUUUGAAAGGGAUGUUUGCGGAACUGAGGCUCGGGACUAA